GCAGGGUGAGGACCAUGUCAAGCCAGCAGAGUGUGCAAACCUUGCGCAAAGGUGCUGUGCUUGAAGGUGUAUUGUUCAAGGUCGGUUCAAAGCACCGCAACUGGCGGAAGCGAGUCUUUGUGCUGCGGCCGGAUGGCAUGUUGUACUACUUCAAGUCUGCCAAGUCCAAGGAGCCUGCCGGAGUGCUCCAGUGUGAGGGCUACCAGGUUGUCGACUACACGGGACGGAAGCAUGGAUUUGCACUUGAGAAGGCGCACGAUCCAUCUGCGCGGGUCUGGCUCUUUGCCGCGCUCUCGACGGCAGAGCAGGAGCGAUGGAUGCGCAAGCUGGCGGUGGCUGUCCUCGGCAUCGAGUUUGGUGACCCACUGAACAUGGAGGAUCCACCGCUGGAGAUCAUUGUGGACGCGGUAUACUCGUGGCUCGGUCCAAUGCUUGCCGAGCGCAACGUGACAGUCUCACGCGUGGCCGACGACUUUUGCGAUGGAGUCAUCCUGCUGCACGUGAUGGAGAUCAUCCGGUACCUCACUGCGGAUGUCUUCCACUCGUCACCGCGGACACGGACGCAAAAGCUGGACAACCUGCGAACUGCACUCAACAUGGCCGACGACAUGCGUGUCCCGCGCGACCGGGCCGAGGUCUCUGCCGCCGCCAUUGUCGACGGCCUGGUGUCGGAGGAGCAGCUUGUCCGGUACCUGUUUAGUGUGAUGAAGCGGCAGCGCGAAAUGUCGACGACGCUCUCCACCUCAGGCUCGUUGCUAGCGCUGCGCGAUGGCAGCUCGCUGGCGUCGACAGCGCGUCUGGGCGCGCGGGCCGGGCUGUACCGGCCGGCGGUGCGGACGUCGAUGGUCCAGUCAGCUGACAUGGACGUGGAGGCGCUGGCGGCAGCAGUGACAAACGGCGAUGCGGAUGAAGCCUUUGGCAAGAACCUCGACGGCUCGGGUGACAUCGGACCCGAGUACUCGAUUUGCAUUUCAGGGCCCGAGUGCGGCAAGUCGUCGCUGGUGACGAGGUGGAUGACCGGGACGUACGACGACUCGGAGUUCCGCGACUACGAUCCUACGCUCGAGGACUUUUCCUCGCACAAGGUCAUGGUCGACGGCAACGUGGCGUCGUGCGCAGUGCUAGACACCUCGGGCGUGCUGACGAACCUGCCACUGGUGCGGUCGUCGUACGCCUCGUCAUCAGUCUUUGUCCUCAUGUACGCCAUUCCCGACAGUGACUCGUUCCACGCCAUGACUCGGUUCUUCGACGCCCUGCUCGAGGUCCACUUUGCCAAGGUUCACGGGCCAAAGCGCAAGUUCGCGGCCAAGGACGUGGUUAUUCCGCCGCUGGUCAUUGUGGGGCACAAAGUCGAUCAGUGGCGGUCCCGCGGCUUGCCGCAGCGUGCCGCCCACAACUUUGCCGAGGCCAUCCAGCGGCCAUACCUCGAGGCGUCGGCGGCGAGUGACAUCAACACCAAGGAGGUCUUUGCCUGGGCCAUCCGCGAGUCGAACGUCUCCAAGGGCCAGCUCUGGGUCGACUCUCCAAUGUACUACGAUCCGGUGCCCGACGAGGCGCUUGUGCUCCCGUCGACCGACGACGUUAUCUUCCGCCCGCCCGAGGACUUUGCCUUUCCCUCGGUCUCGUUUGCAACGCUCCGCGGCCUGAUCGAGCAGAUGGCCAAUCCGCACUACAUGAACAUGUCGUUUGUGGAGUCGAUGCUCAUGGUCCUCGACCAGUUUGCCACCCCGCUCGAGGUCGCCACCCUCCUUGUUGCCCGCCUCAAAGACAAGUCGACCAAGUGGUCGGACGACUCGGGCGAGAACGCGCUGAUGCGGACCACUGUUCGCAUCCGCGUCUUCCGGGUCCUCUACACCUGGAUUCGCUGGUUCCCGCACCUCUGGAUCAAGAACAAGCCAAUGAUCACGCUCCUCGGCACCGCGGUCAAGAUCCUCAAAAAGGCCAAGGGCUGCAAGUUUCCGUGGAUCUUCCUCCGCCGAGUCCAUAAGGAGAUCAAGGACAAGUCGGCCGACGUGGCGUCGUUCAAGGCGACACUCGCCGAGAUCGACGGCCCGCUGCCAGGUGCUCCGAUGUGGAUUGCCGCUGGGAGCGGCGCCAACCAGGAGGCCGACGCUUCGCUGUGGGAGCAAGACGGCUCUGGCUGGCGCUGCCCAGUCACUGGCGUGCUGAUCCAGGGCUCGACCGCGCCACCACACGCCAUCCGCUCGCCGCGCCUCGCUGCGCUCUGGGACGCCCUCGUACCGGUUCUCGACUCGCGGCUCGGCCGUGGCCAGGUUGUUGUGGCCAAGCCCGAGGCCGUCCGCUCAGGCUCGCUCCGCCGGCGAACGAUCGUCACGUCGACUGCGCACUCGCUCGAGGAGCUGACCUCGUCGCUUCGGGGCAUGCCGGCCGACGAGUCUGAAGCAGCUAACAGCGCACCGCAGGUCGCCGGCGGCCUCCUUGCGCUGGACGUGACGCUCGUGGCGCAGCAGCUGUGUCUCUUGCAUCAGGUCCUCUUUCAGGCCGUCAUGCCAACCGAGUGCUACAACUCGGCAUGGAGCAAGGACGACGGCGCCGGCGCGCCCAACGUCAAGCGCCUCUCGUCUCAGUUCAACACGCUCGCUGGCUGGGUCGCCACCAUGGUCGUCGCCGAGCUUGACUUCCACCGGCGAGUCGAGCUGGUCACCAAGCUCAUUGACCUCGCCGAGCUUCUUGUCCGCUACCGCGACUAUCACGGUGCUAUGGCCGUCAUUUCCGGCCUUGCCAUGACCGGCGUGCAGCGGCUUGAGGCCACAUGGACCGCUGUCGACGACGACCACUUGCGAGUCCUCAACCGCCUCAAGCAGACCGUCUCGGGCCGCGGCCAGUUCAAGGCCAUUCGCAACAUCCUUGCCCGUACCGAGGAGCCGUGCGUCCCGUACAUCGGCAUGUACCUCACCGACAUCACCUUUUUCUGCGACGGCAAUCCGGACCGUCACGGCUUUAUCAAUGUCUUCAAGUGGGAGUCGGUGGCCAACGUCGUCAAGCAGAUUCUCCGCUUCCAGCAGCAGGUCUAUCCGUUUGCGCCCAACGCCGCAGUCCUCACCUGGAUCUGUGCGGGACGGCCCAUCGACGCCGACGCCAUCAUCCAACUCUCGCUCCUUGCAGAAAAACCGGUCGAGGGUGCUACCAUCCGCGCCGUCCACAAGAACCCGCCUCUGGCUACCGUCGAGGAAAACAGCGCGCUCAAGAGUAUUGUCACCAAGCUCUCGCUCUACACCGAGUCACUUCUUUCCAAGCUCGGCCGCUCCGCCCCGGAUCCGGCUAUCACCGAGCUCCUCACCGCCGCCGCUAUCAUUCUCGACGAUCCGUACUCGAUCCCACUUAAUGACAGCGGGCUUGACACCCUGCGCGACUCGUCCACCACCACCACCACCGACCGCGGCAUCACCGACGGCGACAUUUCGUCAUCGGACGACGACGAGCCGAGUGACGACGUCUCCUCCGAAUCGGGCCACAUUGACGACGAGCUCGCCAAGCGCGAUGCUCAGGACGAGGACGAGGAUGGAAGCGAAGCAAAGCCGGAGGCAGAGCCAAAGGCUGGAACUUCGUUUGACGAGUGCUCAACUAUCAACGCGGGCAAGGACACGGCUGAUACACUCCCUAUGCCGUCGGAUGCCACCAACGGGACCCGGACCAAGUCCAAGAGAACCAAGUCGGCAAGAACCGCAAGUACGUGCACAUCGUGCACAUCAUGCACAUCAUGCACAUCAUGCACAUCCCGCGGCUCUGGUUCCGGCUACUCGUACAGCUCGACCUCUGGCUCCAGCUCCGGGAGCAGGAACGCCAAGUCGAGCAAAGGCUCAGAUGCUGCGCCAAAUGAUGGCUCUGCCUCGGACCAAGCUGCUCCUGUCCCUGCCGCCAAAGACGACGACGCUCCUGCCCGCUCUACCCCUGCAAGCGACGUUACUGGCUACGCCAACAUCUCUAACUCGUCGUCCGAGUAAAAUCACAUCCAUACCAAC